AAAUCUCUUACGUAGUAAGCAGAAAAUUGACAGUUCCUGCACAUAUUUUGUGUACGUAGUAUACAAUUUGUACAUGCCGUGCGUAAAUUGAUGACGUAGUGCACAAUUUUACCACAUUUUUUACACAGUAUUGUAAGAUGGCAGAUGCUAUGUUGCAGCAACAAUCUGUGCAAAAAGAUGCGUCUACGGACGCUACUACGGUUAGUAGACAACAAGAAGGCUCCUCAAAGGGUGCAGGUACUGUUAGAGCUUCUGAAUCGGGUAAGCCUAGAGGAAAACAACCCGCUAAUCGGUCAAAAACUCCUGUUGUAAAGUUGACCACGGCGACUAAUUCAGAUGCAUUUAAUGCUGAGGCACUGUCCAUUUUAAGACAAAUGAAUACUAACAUUAAUAAAACAAAUAAGACAGUGGAAGAAUUAACCGGUAGAGUUGAUGCCUUGUAUAAUGAUUUUGAUGGAGGUGACUAUGACUUGUCACAGGGUAAUGGAAAUGAUGACUAUGACGUUCAAGAUUGGGAGCAAGAUGACCAGUAUGCUCCUGAUGAUCAGAGGUCUUUGUCUGGAGAUGAUGAUGAUGUUUUCAGUCGAUUUGCAAAGAAAUUUCAGAAGUCGGACUCUGUUGCUCCUGAGGUGUCUGAAAAAUUGGCUACUGUUGUCAACAGUACAUUUAGAGAGGGCAUGUCGGAUGAACAUUUUUGUGAUGUGUCUAAGAACAUUUUACGCCCAAGUAACUGUGAAGCCCUCAAAGAAACAAGAGUUAAUUCAGGUGUUUGGUCAGUUCUGAAGCCAACCACACAGACAGAGGACUCUAAGAUGCGAGGUAUUCAGAAUAGUAUCGUAAAAGCAGCCUGUAACAUUGUGAAAAUUAUGGAUAAAGGCAGUCAAAUGUUCGAUGAUGAGAUGUUAGUUUGGGGUACUGAUGCAAUUGGUCUUCUAGGACAUGCAAAUCGAUGGAUUAAUAUCCGUAGAAGAGACUUGCAUAAGAGGGAUAUGGAUCCGAAACUACACCACCUUUGUUCACCCAUGGUUCCUUUCACAGACCAACUUUAUGGUGACUCUAUGAUCAAAGAUAUCAAAGAUAUUCAGGAGCUCAAUAAGAUCAGCAGAAAUGUAGUUAGAGGUGGUGGUAGUGGACGCUUUAGAGGUCGUCAGUUUAGAGGCCGUAGGUUUCAACCUUACAGCAGACGUGCACCUUCUGGGCGUAUGAGAUCUGGUACUGGUAGAUCCCGACAAGGGAUGAGAGAUCAGAAGAAGUCUACCACUUUCCAGGCAGCCUAAUUCCUCGUGUGUUGAUGAAGCUGAGAGAGGAUGCAGGCGAGUGUAUUCUUGUAGCUCCUUUGUGGACGACCCAGAGCUGGUUUCCGGCUGUAAUGGAAAUGUUGAUUUCCAGUCCUUACAUUCUUCCGAAGGAACGGAAUUUACUGACGUUACCAGGAACGGUGAAGGUACACCCUUUGUACAAAAAACUCAUACUGAUGGUUUGUCGCUUAUCAGGAAAACCCUCCAAAAACGAAACAUUUCAGUCAGGUCUACAGACAUUAUUAUGGCCUCAUGGAGGUCAGGAACUCAGAAACAAUAUAACAUGUACUUACGAAAGUGGUUUCAGUACUGUAAUCAAGAACAAAUUAAU